AAAAGAGAUCCAUUUGGCAAGUUUUUUCUUUUGUCACUCCCAUGGUGAGUCAUUCAGUUGUUGGUGGGCUGGGUCUGUACAAUGCUGUAAAAAGCUAUCCGUUUCUUGUCCACCAAAAUGGAUUAGUCAGCUAUCUAUAAAUACCUGUGACUUACAUGGUGACUGACCGUCACAGACAGCUGCAGCCACCAGUCGACCAUCCCAUAUGGACUAUGAACUUUCCACAGUGCUCUGAGCAGCCCUGUAAGGACUGACAGUCCCACUCUGUAGAAGGAAGUAAGAAGAUUGCCAAAACAAUCCAACCAGGAGCAGGGGAUAGAACCAAAUGGCUGCCAUGACUAUUGACCCAGAGGAGCAGCCCCGUAUGUACCAACAAACUUUACUUCAGGACGGACUAUAUGACCUUUUGGAGAAUGACAGGUUUGUAGACUGUGUACUUAAAGUCCAGGACAAGACAUUCCCCUGCCACCGCUUAGUUUUGGCAGCCAGCAGUCCCUUCUUCAAGGCAAUCUUUCUGUCUGAGCUGGAGGAGAGCAAGAAGCGUGAGAUUGUCCUCAAAGACGUGGAGCCCGGUGUAAUGGGAAGAAUCCUACGCUACCUAUACACCUCAGACAUUAGUCUUACUGAGCAGAAUGUGGAGGAUAUUUUCAUGGUUGCUAACAUGUACCAGAUUCCCUCUAUUUUUUCUGUAUGUGUGUCCUAUCUCCAAGAGAAGCUAGUACUGGGAAACAGCUUGGCUAUCUUUAGACUGGGGCUGUUGCUGAAUUGUCCUAGGCUUGUGCUAGCUGCAAAAGAGUUCAUCUGUGAACACUACAGGGUUGUUUCCAGGGACCAGGAUUUCCUGCAGCUGGCCCCAAGUGAUCUGGCUAUGAUCAUCACUUCAGAUGAUCUCAGUGUUGAGCGAGAGGAGCAGGUGUUUGAAUCCUUGAUGAGUUGGGUCAAACAUGAUGAGAAAACCCGUCUUAAGGAUCUGCCAGAGCUUUUGCAUUGCAUUCGUUUCAGGCUUAUACCUUUAGAUUACUUCAAAGAAAAAGUGGAAUGUCAUCAUUAUAUCCAGUUUAGCAAGGAGAUCCAGAAAGAGUUGGAUCUCGUCAAAGAUGCCUACAAAGGGCAUCUUCCAAAGCCAACAAAAGCCAGAAGAAAUGGCACAGAAGGUGAGCAAGGAAGUGAAAAAGAGGAAGAAGAUACUGAGGAAGGGUACUUACCAGGGAUACUCAACAAUAAACCUCGAUCUGGGAUGUUUGAGAUGGACCUGAUUCUUAUGAUAAAUAACACAGGGACUGUGGCCUAUGACCCCAUAGGAAACGAAUGCUUUCUGGUAUCUGAAUCCACAGAAAUUCCCAAGAACCACAGCAGCCUGGUAACCAAACAGAACCAGGUGUUUGUUGUUGGUGGACUGCUUUACAAUGAAGAGGACAAAGAUGAACCAUUCAGCUCUUACUUUCUACAGUUUGACCCAGUGAGUUCAGAGUGGUUAGGAAUGCCUUUGCAACCCAACCCUCGCUGUUUGUUUGGGAUGACAGAUGCGGAGAACUCCAUAUUUGUUGUGGGAGGAAAGGAACUGAAAGAAGGAGAGCAUGCCCUGAACUCUGUCAUGAUCUAUGACAGACAGUCAUUCAAAUGGGGAGAAUCAGACCCUCUGCCUUAUGAAGUGUAUGCUCACGGAACUGUAUCCCACAAUGGUCUUGUCUACGUUAUUGGAGGAAAGUCUGAAAGCAAGAAAUGCAUGAGAAGAGUAUGUGUCUACAGCCCAACUAAGUUUGAAUGGAAAGACCUAGCUCCAUUAAGAACUGCUCGAGCACUCUUUGGCAUUACUGUCCACAAAGACCAGAUCUUUGUAGUGACAGGGGUAACAGAUGCAGGCCUCACGAGCUCUAUAGAAGUCUAUGACAUUGCCACCAACAAGUGGACUGAAAUCCCAGAUUUCCCUCAGGAGCGCAGCUCCCUCAGCCUGAUUUCAAUGGGAGGCUUCCUGUAUGCCAUGGGAGGCUUUGCCAUGAUGUCCAGUGAAGCAAAUGAGGAGUCCAUCCCAACAGAGAUGAUGGAUGUGUGGAGAUAUAAUGAGGCAGAAAAGUGCUGGACUGGCAUAUUGCGAAAAAUUUGCUAUUUGGAGGGAUCCACUAUUCUACCAGUGCGCCUCAACACUCUACAGCUUAAACAGUUAUAACAGCAUCAAACUGGUGCAAUGAGGUUAUUGGUGCUUUCACUAGCAUUGCAGUAAAUUAAUUUACUGUACUCAUUAUGGGCAUAUUCAAAACAGUUUAGCAAUUAAUUAAAUCAAUAUCGAAAUCGAUGGAAAUCAUCAUUUGUUACAGUUCCCCCUCCAGCUUGUUGGCUGUGGUGUGGAGUGUUGUUUCUUUAGUGUUUUGCGUUCUUUGUUCAGGUGUUUUUCAUUUCUGUUUGUUUUUUUCCUUUUCCUUUGUUGUAGUGUUAGUUGCUAGUGUGUCAUCUUCUGUGUUUUCUCUUUUUUACUAUACUGCCUUGGCCUGUAGCUCAUUUUAAUAUCCUUGAUCAGCAGGCCUCUAGAGUUUUAGUUUGAUUUGUUAGUUCUUGCUCCGCAGUGAUUUUAAUAGAUUUAGCUUUUGAUUGUUUGUGUUUCAAAUAGUUUGUUCCUGCCCUUUGCAGCGCUUUAUAUUUCGAGCUUUCAAAAUCUUGCUUGAAACCAUUUGUACAGAAUUGUUUUUUUGUUGUCUGUCAUUUAAUUGUCCUGCUAUUACAGCGGAGGGAAAAAAAUACAAGUACAUACAAGUGUGGACACAAAAAUACGCUGAAAGUUUACUUGUGUUUUUCUUACACAGUUUUGUAUAUUUUUAUUAUUUAUUUUCUACUUGUUUACCUUGUUUGAAUCAAAAUAGAUAAUUCUUGUGUCCUGUUAAGAUGAUUUAAUUCAAAGUAACACAAAAGGCUAGGCAUGUAUAGUGAUGUCAACCCCUGGUUGUUACCUGUCUUUUAAUUUGUGUCAUGGUAAUGCAUUUAAGAAAAAUGUGAAUUGAGUGUGUAGUUUUUCACUAAUAACUAUUAUAAUAAUAAUCAUACAUAAAAAUAUCAAACACUUCCAGACUCAAAACCUCAGAUGCCUCCAUAUUGGCUUCAGAUAGAAAGUGUUUUAGUCCAAAAGUGGUGGAAUUCUUUUCCAUUUCAUGUAACCUAAUUAUUAUACAAUACAAUGUACUUUUCCAUUUCUCUUUUCCAUGUAGAUAACAAUUAUGCUAUCUUUAAAUAUACUUACCUUUGAUUGUGAACACUUUUUUCACAAAUAAAACUUGCUCGAUCUGAUCCUCACACAUUAAACAUGAGAUGAACAAUG